AGUUGUGACCAUAUUUCACAUUUGGUCGGAUACUGAAUUGGUGACAUUAAUCUCAGGUGCCAAUCACCCAACUGUGGUGACGGUAUAGAUCUUCUGUGCUGCCGGAUUGAAGAUGAUUGCGAAGCAUCAAUGUUUUACAAUUUGUAGCUUUUUCUCAGCAACGUCCAUAUUUGAAGCACUGUUGACUGUCCUGGCUAAAACUCUGUGUUCUAUCAGAAUCUGUUUUAUUGGCCAAACAUUGUGAACACAUACAAGGAAUUUGACCGGACAGUCAUGGAUGUUAACUGCAACUUGACAGGUUGGCGGAGGCAUACAACCGCGAGGCAGUGGUUUUAGUUCGAUCGUAGCCCACACUGGAGACCAAAAGGCAGCAUAUUUCCACCUCUGCUGCAUUGAUUUUGACGUUUCUUUUUUUCAACUUUAUGAAAGUGCAAUGGUAAAUCACAGGAGUAUCCCCUAAUACACACAGAUGACAGGGGCCUGUAGUUUAGAGAAGCACGUUUGUGGACGGAAGAAUAGAACUAUCAGAAUGGCUGGUAAAAUAUAUUUGGGCACUUUAACUUCCUGCAAAAAUAUCUAAACUGUCCCUGAUCAAGAGUGAAAUCACCAUACUCUGAGGUUUGCUAUAAAAGCCUGAGCUCCCUCCCUGUCACUCUGCUCUACUGACCCGGGAGACCCCACCGUUCAACAUGAAGCCUCUCCUCCUUGUGGCGCUGCUCGGGUGCCUCGCCGCCGUGUUCGCGGGCCCCGCGGGCAAGGUGCGAUGGUGCGUCAAGUCGGAGCAAGAACGCCUGAAAUGCGAGGACCUCGUCGCCCACGCCCCCGCCUUCUCCUGCGUGAAAAAGGAGGACGCCCUGUCCUGCAUCCUUGCCAUCAAGGCUGGUGAGGCGGACGCCAUCACUUUGGACGGAGGGGACAUCUACAUUGCUGGACUGGAAAACUACAACCUAUAUCCCAUUAUUGCUGAGGACUACGGCCAUACUUCAGACACCUGUUACUAUGCUGUUGCUGUGGCUAAGAAGAACACAGGAUUCGGCUUCAAAGAACUCCGGGGGAAGAAGUCUUGCCACACUGGGUUGGGGAAAUCUGCAGGCUGGAACAUUCCCAUAGGAACUCUGUUGUCCAUGAAUGAAAUGCAUUGGAAAGGCACUGAUGACAAACCCGUGGAAGAAGUGGUGAACGAUUUCUUCGUGUCCAGCUGUGUCCCGGGGGCAACAAGCAACUCCAAACUGUGUGCGCUGUGCAAGGCAGACUGCUCCAGGUCCCACAAGGAGCCUUACUAUGAUUACGGCGGUGCUUUCCAGUGUCUCAAGGACGUUGGAGACGUGGCUUUUGUGAAGCACCUCACUGUCCCUGACUCUGAAAAGGCCAACUACGAGCUGCUGUGCAAGGAUAACACCAGAGCACCUAUCGACAGCUAUGAAACCUGCCACCUGGCCAGGGUACCAGCUCAUGCUGUUGUCACCCGCAAGGACCCACAGCUGGCCGAAUUAAUCUGGACAAACCUCCAGUCAGUACAGGGCUUUAACCUUUUCUCCUCUGAAGCCUAUGCACCUGCCAAGAACCUGAUGUUCAAGGACUCAACGGUGAAGCUGGUGCAGGUGCCCCCGAACACCGACUCUUUCCUUUAUCUAGGUGCUGAGUACACGAGCAUCGUCCGUUCCCUUAGGAGAGACCAGACCACAAGCGGUGUUUCCAGUGCCAUUAGAUGGUGUGCUGUGGGCCACGCUGAGACCUCCAAGUGUGAUACCUGGUCCGUAAGCAGUGCAAGUAGUGGCACUGCCUCCAUUGAAUGCCAGAGUGGCUCCUCAGUUGAAGAGUGCCUGAAAAAGAUUAUGAGUAAAGACGCUGAUGCAAUGGCAGUAGAUGGAGGACAGGUGUACACAGCUGGAAAGUGUGGUCUGGUUCCUGCUUUGGUGGAGCAGUAUGAUGAAGCGCUGUGCAACAUUACUGGAGCCACAGCCUCCUCUUACUAUGCUGUUGCUGUGGUAAAGAAAGGUACAGUGUCUUCCUGGGAAGACCUGCGGGGCAAGAGGUCUUGCCACACAGGCAAAGGCAGAACUGCUGGCUGGAACAUCCCCAUGGGUCUCAUCCACAACAUUAUUAAUGACUGUAACUUCACUAAGUACUUCCCUAGAGGCUGUGCUCCUGGAGCAGAUCCCGGCUCUUCGUUCUGUACUCAGUGUGGCGGAAGUGAGAGAGCUGUGGGUGAUGAGUCCAAGUGCAAACCCAGUGCUGACGAGAAGUACUACGGCUACAGUGGAGCCUUUAGAUGUCUCGUGGAAGGUGCCGGUGAUGUUGCCUUCAUCAAACACACAAUCGUUCCCGAGUACAACAAUGUUCAGCAACCAACAUGGGCUAGAGGUGUGCAAUCUGCUGACUACGAGCUGAUCUGCCCUGGUAAGGGUCCAGUGCCAAUCUCUGAUUUCCUCUCAUGCCACCUGGCAAAAGUGCCCGCACACGCUGUGGUGACUCGUCCAGACAGCCGCAGCAAAGUGGUCAGCAUUCUCAAGGAGCAGCAGGCCAUGUUUGGAAAUUAUGGCAGUGAUACUUCAUUCAGAAUGUUCCACUCAGAAAGAGGAAAGAACCUUCUCUUCAAGGACUCCACUAAAUGCAUCCAGGAUAUUCCAUCUGGAACAAACUAUAAACAGUUUUUGGGAGAAGAGUACAUGAGGGCCAUGGCUUCACUCAGAGAGUGCAGUGAAACUGCUUCAGAUCUGGAGAAAUCUUGCUCUUUCCAUUCCUGUCAGCAAAAGUAGUGGUGACCAUGGACCGUGUGUUUGCUCAGAUGGCUCUCAUUGAUUCGAGCACCUAACCCACACUUCCCACACUCAACCCAGAAAUUGCAUUGAGUAAUUUCUUACCGAUCUUGUCGUAGUCCUGGUUUUAGAAGAACAAACAGAUGCAUUGCAUCACGACCCACAAAUCAAUGAGUAUUCGACCAUUCAUGUCCACAUGUAGCUAUUUUCAUGCUGUUAAAACAAAAUGUCGCACUGUCUUUGUUAUUAGAUCAACUAGUGCCUCACU